UUAUGAUAGUCUAAUCCUAGGAUGACCUGGAUUGCAAAAGAGCACCUGCUGAGAUGAGGCUUCAAAUCAUAUCUCUUAAGAGGGUUUCACUUCUUAUAUAAAAUAUUUUCCCUGUUUCUCUCAUGGGAUUGAGUAAAACUGAAAUUAACUUGAGGAGGUUGCUUGCAGCGGCACCUCAUCAACAGAAUCAAGCAAAACUCAUACAUUAUGUUGCUACUUUACGAGAACAGUUGGAACAACUUGCACAAGAGACUACACCGGAUGGCUUACCAAGAAUUUCAAAAGCAAAGGUGAAUGACUAUUCAGAGAAGAUUGAAGGUAUAGUUGCGAAAUUAUCUGCUCCAAUGUCUGAUAUGCCAGGAUCAAUGGAGUCUGUUAGGGAGACUUGUGAUAAAGAAAUUCCUAUAGCAGAAGAAGGAUCUUGUGUUUCUCCUUCUGCAGGAUUGCGUAGGAGAUUUCUGCCUCCUAUAAAAUCUCAAGAAAGAACUCAUGAGAUCACUGAGACUGAUCAACCAACACUGAUCAAACUAGAUGCUGCUGCACAGGCUCACAUUGAAAAGCACAGAAAGCUCCAAGAAGAUUUGACGGAUGAAAUGGUGGGGUUAGCACGACAGCUCAAGGAGAGCAGCCUCUUGAUGAACCGAUCCUUGCAAGACACUGAGAAGGUACUUGAUUCAACGGAGAUGGCAGUGGAGAGUAGCUUGGCAAGCACUGGCCAUGCAAAUAAGCGAGCCAUGCAGAUAUAUUCACAAAGUUCCAAAACUUCAUGUUUAACGUGGCUCUUAAUUUUUGUCAUGACCUGUAUCUUCAUCAUGGUUGUUCUUCUCAUUCGUGUGACCUAGAUACCAGUGUCAA